CCGGCGGCAAAUGUAAGAGCCUGUGUCUGGACGCGGGGUGGUGGUGAGAGCGGUGCUGCUUCAACUGGUAAGGGCAGCGAGUUUGCUGAUGAGGAUUUCGCCAGACGGCAACCGAUCGGCAUCGUCCGUGCUGUGGACGCUGACGCAGAGCUGAGAAAUAGUCGGAUUCAGUACAGCAUUAGUGAGAUGGACGUACGAGAUGGUGUCCGUGCCAGCACCCUAUUCGCCAUCACCUCCAAUGGCGAAAUCUUCACCCGCAAUGCCCCCAUCGACCGCGAACGGACACCCAUCCUCAGUUUCACAGUUAUAGCCACCGACUACGGCAGUCCGCCACUCUCCGCCUAUGCCACAGUGAUUGUUCGUGUAGAGGAUGUCAACGAUCACACACCAGCCUGGGUCUUCCCUGCUCCCUCCUCUACCGGGGGCAGCGCCGUAGCGCGCGUGAAUAUGUCUCGACACGCCAUCGUUGGACGCGUGGUUGCUCACCUGAAGGCCAUCGACGCCGAUAGCGGUCUCUACGGCGAAGUGGAGUACAGCAUC